AUGGAAAACUUGGAGGGGUUGCUCAUGGUCCCUCCGGACAGGGGCCAGAUUCUUGGUAGAGCUGUCUGGAAGCCGCGAUACGUUGUCGUUGGAAGGCGCAACGCCGGAGCCGGCCAUCCAGGUAGCCCCAGCUACUCGCAAUUAGUAUCCAACAGCCGCAACAAUAGCCUUGGGAACAAGUCUCUCGCCAAACUACCUACCGAAGAAUGUUGCAUCUUCGUUUACAAGCACAAGGAGGAUACUGAACCAAGCCAACAAUGGCCCAUAAACUCUAUUACCGACUGCCAGGUCCAGCAGAUCGCCCACCGCAAACAGGGCCCUGUCCUUCCCACUCUCGUCAUCUCUAUCGCCGACAAGGAGAAAAAGCGACGGUCGAGCCGAGCUGCCGGCCUUAUAUCCUCCAGUAAAGAAGCCAACGCAACGACACUCUGGUUCCGGACCCCUACAGACGACCACCACUUGAGCUUGCACGAGUGGGCUCGUUUCAUUCUCGCCAGAAAGUCUCCCAUGAGCCCCGAGAGCCCAAUGUCACCCCAAUUUUCGAACCCGUUUUCGUCGAGACCCCGCGAUACAUCCGACUACUUCUCGCGGCCAACGAGCGGAAAUCAGUCUGGCCGUUCUGAUACCCGUGCUCUUCAGCAUAAGAGCUCCUCCAACACCCACUCGACCGCUACUCGAGAUCGGCCCCUUACAUUCAGCUCCGAGUCGCCUAGCUUGCGAUCUAAACGUAGUGACGUGUCUUCCCCUUCGAGCAGCAACUAUCCAAUUCAGCAGAUGAACUUUCCAAUACCUGGACAGCACUACACUACGGUCCUUCCCACCGACCUGCCAUCUCCUGUUACCACAACGGGAGAAUAUCAAGGAGAGUUUAUUGAGGGUUGGACAUCAGCGCAAGGGCGAUCAUCCACGAUGAGCUCGCCUAUUCGAGGACGCAGCAGCAUUGGCUCACAGCCGCCUCAUCCUUCAACUGCCGCAACCGACUCGAGUUCUCCCCCUGGACCACGCGAGACCAUCUUAGACAGGGCCUUCCAGAUGCGAUGUAUCCCUGGCUCUGAACGAGAGGUGCCAGGCGAGGAGAAACUGAGUUCUUUGGCGCGGUUUGAUGCGCUUAUGCGGGAAGCUGACGAGAAGCGAAAACAGAGGGAAGAAGCCGAACGAGCCCAGCAGAUGGCGAUGCGUAGUGCUUUCGAAGCGUCUGACAGCUCUAGCGAGGAGCAAGAUAGUGAUUCGGACGACUUGGAUGAGGACGCAUACGGCGGAGUACCGGAACGACGGGGACCGGCAUUGAUACCGCCUACAACGCAACGGGCUCUGCAGUUUAUCACUGGCCGUCACGAAGCGGCGCCGCCUUCACCAUCAGGUCGUCCCCCUGUGACUAGGACACAGAUACCGCAAUCGCCUCCGCUGCGGCCGCAUACGGCGCAUGCCAAGAGUCGUCCAACUCCGAGCCAGAGGACCAACAGCACCCCCCAGCUGACUCCCGGCAUGGCCAAUCUGGAGAUAUCAACAGGAACCCCCACCAAGGUAUCCGAUGAUGGCGCGAUACGGCCGAAUGCAGACAAGCGUCUGUCCACUUCGAGCACCGCUACCAAAAGGUUGAGUUUUACCGAGUUCACCAAGAGGCUAUCGAGCACCAGCAGCUUACUGCUCGUCCAGACGAACGCUAGUGGGGGGAGUUCCCGGGGAAGCAGCGAGAUCGACAUCCAGCCCUCGUCCCUACCCCGUGGGACGCUGAACCCGCGAGGGACAGGGCCACCUCCUCGAGACCGAGACACAGAUGAUUAUGGAGGGAGAUGUCGAUGGCGUAACAGUGUUGGCGUUAUCGGGAAGGACGGCACCUUUAUCUAG